CCCUCCACCGCAGACCUUCACAACUCCCUGCUUUCACCCUUUCUCGUGCAACACAAUACCUUUCCUUCCUGUGAUGAGCAGCAGUCUUGAUUGAUACUUCACUGAUACAGCAUGUUACUGGCCUAGGUCCUGAAAAAUCAAGCCUAUCUCCCCGCGCCUUGGUAUUCUCUCUCGUCAUGUCGCAGCGUCACAACAAUCGACGGUCUGGAAAUUCGCGGCGCCAGCAGUCUGUCGACUUCCCUCGCUAUCCUCCCAUGUCACAACCUCAGACAGAGCCGCCAAUAUCUGCCCUUGCUCCUGGUCCUCCACCAGUUCCCACUUCUGCUGCUACUCUACCCGCACCCAUUGCUGUACCUCCCACGCAGCUUGCUGUUCAGGUCUCAGACUAUGAGUCCGACAAUCAGGCCUACCAGUCAGACUACCCUAUAAAGCCACCUCCUCCGAAUCGCACCAACGAAGAACUCAACCUAUCGGUGCUGAAACGACACAACCCUCAGAUAUCCUCGAUCCUCUCAAUAGCUCCUUACGCCGUCGUAUACGAGUUCUCUCCACUACCUCAGCCUGAAUGGACAAAGACAGGAGUGGAAGGCUCUUUGUUCAUUUGUGAGCUUACUCCUGGAGUAUUUGGUGAAGACAGGUAUUCCGCGAUUGUUCUCAACAGAAGGGGCCUCGACAAUUUCGAAGCAGAACUCAGGGAAGGAGAAAAUGCCGGCGUCGAGAUGACGGGGGAAUAUGUCAUCAUCAGCUUCAAGGAAGGCUACGAACAAAAAAUCUACGGGGUCUAUAUCUUCCACGACGGGCCGGGGACCUCAACCGAAAAUGCCCAGAAGCUGAACGGCGAACUGAUGAAGUCUCUUGCCGAUCAUGCUGGAGCAAGUAGACAGGCCGCCGAAGCCGCUGCCUCAGCAGCGACCGCACAGCACACAAAUGGACACAUGCUACAGGCCGAGCAGACCUUGCAAGAUCAACAAGCAAAUGCACCAGCUCCUGGUCAGCAAAUCAGCCUGCAGCAACUUUUUGGCCAGCAGAGAUCAGACGAUGCAGCCUGGAGUGUACGAGCACAUGAGUAUGAUGGUAGAACCGAGCCUCCAUCACAACCUGGGUUGCAACACCCUGACGUACUGACGAAUCUAUUCAGGAAGGCUGGCUUUGGGGCAAGAUAGCUUUGAUGAUCAUCUAUUGCGCUUCCAAUUCUGCUGCUCUAACAGUUCUAUUUCUGUAUGGUCUGAAUAGCACCGAUAGUUCUAGAUUGCUGGCUGGAAGGGCGCCCCGUCGUAGAGCGGGCUGUCGUCUGUAUCCAAGACUUCCCUCAGCCAGCUGCUCACGCGUCGUGCCACAAAUUCGCUCUGGUUCAAAC